CCCCCAGAUGCUCAGCGCUGAGGUACCACAGCAAUUUGGAACAAGCACUGCUGUCAAUAGACAGGAAAGAAAACCUGGGACUCUCUCUGCGAAUGCCAUCUUUCAUUUUCAGAAGACUCAUAAGGACCUGAUUCAGUUGCAUAUAUUUGUCCUGAGGCCCCUCUGCUUUCACCCCGUCAGAAGUUAGCAUGUCACUGAAGAGCGAGCCCAGAGUUAACACUUCUGCGCUGCAGAAGAUUGCUGCGGACAUGAGCAAUCUCAUAGAAAACCUGGAUACGCGGGAACUCCACUUUGAGGGAGAGGAGGUGGAUUACGAUGCCUCUUCAGGAGACCCCAAGACUCAGGAAGAGUGCAUCCCAUUCUCUUCUAUUUACAACACGCAAGGAUUUAAGGAGCCCAACAUCCAGACCUACCUCUCUGGCUGUCCCGUAAAAGCGCAAGUCCUGGAAGUGGAGCGCUUCACGUCUACGACAAGGGUGCCUAGUAUCAACUUGUACACCAUCGAGUUAACACACGGGGAAUUCACGUGGCAAGUGAAGAGGAAAUUCAAGCACUUCCAAGAGUUUCACAGAGAGCUGCUCAAGUACAAAGCCUUCAUCCGAAUCCCCAUCCCCACCAAAAGACACACAUUUAGAAGACAAAAUGUCAAAGAAGAGCCACGAGAGAUGCCCAGUCUGCCCCGUUCAUCAGAAAACACGAUUCAGGAAGAACAGUUCUUUGGCAGGAGGAAGCAACUGGAGGAUUACUUGACGAAAAUACUAAAAAUGCCCAUGUACAGAAACUAUCACGCCACGACAGAGUUCCUUGACAUAAGCCAGCUGUCUUUCAUCCAUGACUUGGGACCAAAGGGCCUGGAGGGGAUGAUCAUGAAACGAUCUGGGGGACACAGGAUUCCAGGUCUGAAUUGCUGUGGCCAGGGACGAGCCUGCUACCGAUGGUCAAAAAGGUGGCUAAUAGUGAAAGACUCUUUCCUACUGUAUAUGAAACCAGACAGUGGAGCUAUUUCCUUCGUCCUCCUUGUUGAUAAAGAAUUCAAAAUAAAAGUGGGGAGGAAAGAGACAGAAACGAAAUACGGACUUCGAAUUGAUAAUCUUUCAAGGACACUGAUUUUAAAAUGUACCAGCUACAGACACGCCCGGUGGUGGGGCGGGGCCAUAGAGGAGUUUGUCCAGAAGCAUGGUUCUGACUUCCUCAGAGACCACCGCUUUGGUUCCUACGCUGCUGUCCAGGAGAACACUUUAGCUAAAUGGUACGUGAAUGCCAAAGGCUACUUUGAAGAUAUUGCAAACGCAAUGGAAGCGGCAUCAGAAGAGAUUUUUAUCACAGAUUGGUGGUUAAGUCCAGAAAUCUUCCUGAAGCGCCCAGUGGUGGAAGGCAACCGCUGGAGGCUGGACUGUAUCCUCAAACGGAAAGCACAACAAGGCGUGCGGAUUUUCAUAAUGCUUUACAAAGAGGUGGAGCUGGCCCUGGGCAUCAACAGCGAGUACAGCAAGCGGACUCUGAUGAGGCUCCACCCCAACAUAAAGGUCAUGAGGCACCCAGACCAUGUGUCAUCCAGUGUCUAUCUGUGGGCUCACCAUGAGAAGCUGGUCAUUAUCGACCAAUCGGUGGCUUUUGUGGGUGGGAUUGACCUGGCCUACGGAAGGUGGGAUGACAGCGAGCACAGGCUCACGGAUGUGGGCAGUGUGAAGAGGGUCACCUCAGGACUGUCUAUGGGCUCUCUCACAGCAGCAACAGGAGAGUCUAUGGAAUCCUUAAGCCUCAAGGAUAAACACGAAUCUCAUAAAAAUGAGCCCAUCUUGAAGAGUGUUGAUGAUACAGACACCAAGCUGAAGGGAAUAGGAAAGGCCAGGAAAUUCUCCAAAUUUAGUCUCUAUCGGCAACUGCACCGGCGCCAUCUGUACAAUACGGACAGCAUCAGCAGCAUCGACAGUGCCUCCAGUUAUUUUAACCACUGUAGAAGCCAUCAGAAUUUAAUCCAUGGUUUAAAGCCCCACUUGAAACUCUUUCGCCCCUCCAGUGAGUCCCAACAGGGCCUCACUGGGCACAGCACCGACACAGGCUCCAUCCGAAGUGUGCAGACAGGCGUGGGGGAGCUACACGGAGAGACCAGGUUUUGGCAUGGGAAGGAUUACUGCAACUUUGUCUUCAAGGACUGGGUUCAACUGGACAAGCCCUUUGCUGAUUUCAUUGACAGGUACUCCACGCCCCGGAUGCCUUGGCAUGAUAUUGGUUCUGUGGUCCAUGGGAAGGCAGCUCGUGAUGUGGCUCGUCACUUCAUCCAGCGCUGGAACUUCACGAAGAUUAUGAAGCCAAAAUAUCGUUCUCUUUCUUACCCUUUCCUGCUCCCAAAGUCUCAGGCCACGGCGCAUGAGCUGAGGUACCAGGUGCCGGGGGCAGUCCAGGCCAAAGUGCAGUUGCUCCGGUCUGCUGCUGACUGGUCUGCUGGCAUCAAGCACCACGAAGAGUCGAUCCACUCUGCCUACACCUAUGUCAUAGAGAACAGCAAGCAUUACAUCUAUAUUGAAAACCAAUUCUUCAUCAGCUGUGCUGACGAUAAGGUCGUGUUCAACAAGGUGGGGGACGCCAUCGCCCAGAGAAUCCUGAAGGCCCACAGGGAAGGCCAGAGAUAUCGGGUGUACGUUGUGAUACCACUGCUGCCGGGAUUCGAAGGAGACAUUUCCACAGGAGGAGGAAACGCUCUGCAGGCGAUAAUGCACUUCAACUACAGGACCAUGUGCCGAGGGGAGAACUCCAUCCUUGGACAACUAAAGCCGGAGCUUGGUAAUCAGUGGAUAAAUUACAUAUCAUUCUGUGGUCUGAGAACACAUGCAGAGCUGGAAGGAAACCUGGUCACUGAGCUCAUCUAUGUCCACAGCAAGCUGCUAAUUGCUGAUGAUAACACAGUUAUUAUUGGUUCUGCCAACAUCAAUGACCGGAGCCUGCUGGGGAAGCGAGACAGUGAAAUGGCUGUCAUUGUGCAGGACACAGAGACGGUCCCGUCAGUGAUGGAUGGAAAAGCGUAUCAAGCUGGCCGCUUUGCCCAAGGCCUUCGGCUGCAGUGCUUCAGGCUUGUCCUUGGCUAUCUUUCUGACCCAAGUGAGGACAUUCAGGAUCCCGUGAGUGACAAAUUCUUCAAGGAGAUUUGGGUUUCAACAGCAGCCCGCAAUGCUACCAUUUAUGAUAAGGUGUUCCGGUGCCUUCCCAAUGAUGAGGUACACAACUUAGUUCAGUUGAGGGAUUUUAUAAGCAAGCCCAUAUUAGCGAAAGACGAGCCCGUUCGCGCUGAGGAAGAGCUUCGGAAGAUCCGCGGGUUCCUGGUGCAAUUCCCCUUCUAUUUCCUGUCUGAAGAGAACCUGCUGCCUUCUGUUGGGACCAAAGAAGCCAUCGUGCCUAUGGAGGUUUGGACGUAGGACAAAC